AUGGAUACCCUAUUCACACAAGAUCGCGUUUUGUUCCCCUUGGCCGCACACCUGCCGAGUUUCAAUACGACAGGGUACCAGCCGCUCAAGAUGUUCAAUUCGUUGAUUCAGAGUAACCAGCCACAGUUGCUGGCUGUCAAGUCCAUUGUGAACCAAACUCCUGGAUCGCCACCCUUCGUUGUUUUUGGACCACCUGGUACCGGCAAAACCAUCACAAUCGUUGAAGCGAUGCUCCAACUCCUCCGCAGCAACCCCCAAGCCCGCGUCCUUGCAUGCGCACCAAGCAACUCAGCAGCCGACCUGAUAGCCGAACGCCUCUCCGCCGGCCUCAACACGGACCAACUUUUCCGAUUCGUUGCACCCUCCCGGUCUUCGAACCAGGUCCCUGACGCGGUCAAGCCGUACACGUACACUAAAUUGGACGGACACUUCUCCGUGCCGAUCAUGCCCAGGAUGAAAGCAUUCAAGAUCAUCGUGUCCACCUGCGUCUCCGCAUCUAUCGUUUCAGGGAUCGGAAUGGCCCGCGGGCAUUUCACCCACAUCUUUAUAGACGAGGCUGGGCAGGCCACGGAGCCAGAGGCUUUCGUGAGCAUCAAGAUGAUGGCGGACAAUAAGACGAAUGUUGUUCUGUCGGGUGAUCCGAAGCAGCUUGGACCGAUUAUCAGGUCGGGUGUUGCGAGGGAGUUGGGGUUGGAGGUGAGUUAUCUUGAGAGGUUGAUGGGGAGGGAGGUGUAUAGCGUCGAAGGGGGAAAUGUCAGUGGGAGAACGGUCGUGAAAUUGGUCAAGAACUUCCGCUCGCACCAGGCCAUUUUGCAGUUCCCGAAUGAACGGUUUUAUAAUGGUGAUUUACAACCAUGUGCGAAUCCUGCGAUUAUCAAUGCGUACCUCAAGUCGUCGUACCUCCCUUCGAGGAAGUUCCCGGUUGUGUUCCAUGCCGUUUCAGGGAAAGACGAUAGGGAGGCGUCGUCCCCCUCUUUCUUCAACAUUGACGAGGUGCUCCAGGUCAAGGAUUACGUGCAGCGAUUACGCGCGGAUCGUCGAUUUAUCACCACGGACAAAGAUAUCGGCGUUAUAGCUCCGUACCAUGCGCAGUGCCUCAAACUUCGGACUGCGCUCCGUGCCGUUGCGGAUGGCGUCAAGGUUGGAUCUGUGGAGGAGUUCCAAGGGCAGGAACGGAAAGUCAUCAUUAUCUCGACUGUGAGGAGUAGCCGCGAGUUUGUAGAGUAUGAUCUUCGUCAUACUCUUGGGUUCGUGGCUAACCCACGUCGGUUCAACGUUGCCGUAACUCGAGCCCAAGCGCUCCUCAUCAUCGUCGGGGACCCACAAGUCCUCUCCCUAGACCCUCUCUGGCGCUCUUUCCUCAACUAUAUUCACAACAAUGGGGGGUGGACUGGACCAGGGAUUACGUGGGAUCCGACUGCACCAGUUGACGAGGCAGGUGGAUAUGAUACUGCAAUUCGAGAAGCUGCAAAGUUGGAUAUGAGUGAAUUUGCGAGGAGGAUGGGGGAGAUGAUGUUGGGUGGUGAUGAGGAGCUCGAGGCAGAUGCAGGUGUUGAUCGUCCUUGGAGGGAUGUUGAGUAG